AUGGGUGAAGUGGUUUUGUGCAGUGAAGAAGAAAUGGAAAUGGAGUUGGAGACAGAGAAGAACGAGACUAAGAAGGGUGGCUCGUCUGAGGUGGCUAGGUGGGAAAGAUUUCUGCCGAGGAUGGUUCUUAGAGUUCUAUUGGUAAAAGCAGAUGAUUCUACAUAUCAUAUUAGCUUUGCUCUUCUUAGAAAAUGCAGUUACAGAGAAUUUGGAUUUGGUUUACUACUUGGUUCUUUAGAUGUUAAUGUCAAUGUUGUAAUUUGCAGUUAUGUUGUUGAUGCUGCUGAUUAUGAGAACUUGCAUGUUUCAAGAAGUGAACUCCAUGACUUGUUAAGUAAGCCCUCACUGAAUGGCAUCCCAUUGCUGGUUCUUGGAAACAAGAUUGAUAAACCAGAAGCCUUGUCUAAAGAGGAUCUGACGGAACAAAUGGGAUUGAAGUCUAUUACUGAUAGAGAAGUUUGCUGCUACAUGAUUUCAUGCAAGAACUCUUCAAACAUUGAUUCGGUUAUUGAUUGGCUGGUAAAGCAUUCAAAAUCAAAGAAUUGAGUGAUCAGCUCCUGUAGUUUUGAGCUUGUAUUGGCUCCAUUUAACCGACUGAUAUUAGACUGGUGAAAGUGACUUAUGCUGUUUGUCUAAUCAAAGGUUUAUAAAUGUGUGAGCAUUGUCUUUAUUUUAGUCGGCUUCAAUCAUAUAUUAUAGCAUUAUUUGGGUUGGCAUUAGAAAUUGGGAAACAUCCUUGUAUUAUUGUUAGGCUAUAAAGCGAUUUGAGUCUUGUAUAGAUCUUGGUGUGAAUUGCAUUGUAAACUUGCUAUUUGAGCUGUGUUUUUAAUGAAAUAAUGGUUUUAAUA